AUGGCCCCGUCUUUCGUCUUCGAACCUCCGAGCGAUGAAGAAUACUCAGAGCCAGAAGAGCAAGACUACUCCGACGCCGAAGACGAAGACGAAGAAGAACAAGAAGAAGCAUCUCUAAAACCCUCGCGUCCUCCUCGCACAUCUCAGUCCCCAUGGGACUUCGCUGCCUACUCCGAAACCGUCGCCGAAGAACACGCUCGCCGGAGCACCACCUCCGUCGACGAGAAGAUAUCCAAGGCCCGCCAGCAACUCGCCGUCCCUCUCCCCGACCCGGACGACGCUUCUAGCUCCGGAUCCGAAUCCGAUAAACAAGAAGAUUAUAAACCGGAAGAUGAGGAAGACGACGGUGCUACGAAUGCCGCUGAGAAUAAGCCUUUCUUUGCUUCGUCGGACGGCACGUCGUUUCAUGCGAACUCGUUCCUGGAGCUCAAUUUGUCGAGACCUCUGCUCCGGGCCUGUGAGAAAUUGGGCUAUGCCAAGCCCACGCCGAUUCAGGCAGCAUGCAUUCCGCUGGCUUUGUCGGGACGUGAUAUAUGCGGAAGUGCCAUUACUGGUUCGGGGAAGACGGCUGCUUUUGCAUUACCUACACUGGAGAGAUUAUUGUUUCGCCCGAAGCGGGUUCCUGCCAUAAGAGUCCUUAUUCUGACUCCUGCGAGAGAACUGGCAGUACAGGUUCAUAGUAUGAUUGAGAAACUUGCUCAAUUUACUGAUAUCAGAUGUUGCCUGGUUGUUGGAGGUCUUUCACUAAAGGUCCAAGAGGCAGCCUUGAGAUCAAUGCCAGAUAUCGUCGUGGCUACCCCUGGACGGAUUGUAGAUCAUUUACGAAAUUCUAUGUCUGUGGAUUUGGAUGAUCUUGCUGUUCUAAUUCUUGAUGAGGCAGAUCGCCUGCUGGAAGUGGGGUUUAGUGCUGAAAUUCGUGAGCUGCUUCGUGUAUGCCCCAAAAGGAGACAAACCAUGCUAUUUUCAGCUACGAUGACUGAAGAAGUUGAUGAACUUGUCCAGCUUUCUCUCACCAAACCACUACGCCUUUCAGCUGACCCAUCUGCCAAACGGCCAGUGACACUAACUGAGGAGGUGGUUCGGAUACGACGUAUGCGUGAACUAAACCAGGAAGCAGUUCUACUUGCACUGUGCACAAAGACAUUCAAACAAAGAGUGAUCAUAUUCAGUGGCACAAAACAAGCUGCACAUAGGUUGAAGAUCUUAUUUGGGUUAGCUGGCUUGAAAGCCGCUGAGCUUCAUGGAAAUCUCACUCAAGUCCAGCGCCUAGAUGCAUUGGAACUUUUCAGGAGGGAAAAGGUUGACUUUUUGAUUGCCACAGAUGUCGCUGCUCGUGGUCUUGACAUAAUUGGUGUUGAAACAGUUAUAAAUUAUGCAUGUCCACGUGAUCUUACAAGCUAUGUUCAUAGAGUGGGUCGUACAGCAAGAGCUGGAAAAGUAGGAUGUGCCGUGACUUUCGUGACUGAUACUGACCGAUCUCUGUUAAAAGCAAUUGCAAAAAGAGCGGGUUCAAAGCUGAGGAGUCGAAUCGUUGCCGAGCAGUCAAUUACUAAGUGGUCUCAGAUAAUUGAGCAAUUGGAAGAUCAAGUGGCCACAAUUCUUCGAGAAGAGAGCGAAGAGACAGCACUAAGAAGAGCUGAAAUGGAAGCAACAAAGGUAGAGAAUUUGAUUGCACACAGAGAUGAAAUUUAUUCACGCCCUAAAAGGACCUGGAUUGUGACUGAAAAGGAGAAGAAGGAGGUAGUGAAGGCAUCUAAGGCAUCUGGUGAAAGAGAAAAACAUUCUGGACGCGAGGUGAUCAGUGCCGAACAAGCGGAAGAACUGAAAAUGAAAGAAAAGAGGAAACGAGAGCGUGAGAAAAAUUUACCGCGUAAGAAGCGCCGAAAUUUGGAAGCUGCUAGAGAAAUGUUGGAGGAAGAAAAUCAAAAUCGAAAGUCAGAAGUAUCUGCAUUCAUCUUGGGUAGUGGAACGACCAAGGAGAAGACAGGAGUGAAACUUGUUGACUUGGGUUACCGACGGGCAAAAGCUGUGAAGGCAGCAAAUAAGGCAUUGGAUACUGGCAAGAUUGUAAAGAAGGACAGCAAGAAAUCUAAUCGUCCUCCGCAAAGGACCCAGUCAAGGACAGAGGAGAUGCAGGACCUAUUCCAGAGUGAUAUGAGUCUAGGCAAACAGAACCGAAAAAGUGGUGGCACAGGAAAGAAAAAGUCCAAGAAUUCCUUCAAAAGCAAGUCAAGGUACAAACGAAGAUAGUUCCAUGGACCUCACUGGUGGAAUGGUGUAUUCCAUUAAUGUAAUUUAUCUUCUAUAGCUUUUUUUGAUAUUUUAAUUUCUGUGUAAUUUUUUCAUCUUUUUCGUUAUAUUUGUUUAGACCGAUAUAAGGUUUCAGUGUAUUGGGCGGCAGUUAUGCCCAUUUAUC